CCGGCGGCGGAGGGCGGGGAGGGCGCGUGGAGCCGGGGACGGGGACACGGACAGGGACACGGACACGAACACGAACACGGACACGGACACGGACACACAGCGCGGCCCCGCAGCGCAGCUCUGCGGCCAAACCCCGGCCAACAAAGCCCCCUCGGCUCCCCUCGCCGCCGCCCCCCGCGGGAUGUAGCCGGGCCGGGAGCCCCAGCGAGGCAGCGGCCCCGCCGCUCCGUGCCCCGCAGCGAGGCCGGGAGGCGGCGGGCUCAGAGGCGCUGCCGCCACCAUGGGCAAAUCCAACAGCAAGUUGAAGCCUGAAGUUGUGGAAGAGCUGACCAGGAAAACGUACUUCACGGAGAAGGAGGUGCAGCAGUGGUACAAGGGCUUUAUCAAGGACUGUCCCAGCGGGCAGCUCGAUGCCGCCGGCUUCCAGAAGAUCUAUAAGCAGUUCUUCCCCUUUGGUGACCCAACCAAAUUUGCCACCUUUGUUUUCAACGUCUUUGAUGAGAACAAAGAUGGGAGGAUCGAGUUUUCGGAGUUCAUCCAGGCACUGUCAGUCACCUCCCGGGGGACGCUGGAUGAGAAGCUGAGGUGGGCGUUCAAGCUGUACGAUUUGGACAAUGAUGGAUACAUCACGAGGAACGAGAUGCUGGACAUUGUGGAUGCGAUUUAUCAGAUGGUGGGAAACACAGUGGAGCUUCCCGAGGAGGAGAACACACCAGAGAAGAGGGUGGAUCGGAUUUUUGCCAUGAUGGACAAGAACGCGGACGGGAAGCUGACGCUGCAGGAGUUUCAGGAGGGCUCCAAGGCCGACCCCUCCAUUGUGCAGGCGCUCUCCCUCUACGAUGGGCUCGUAUAGUCCCGGGGCCGAGCGGCGAUGUCUGGGGGAAGAUGCUCUCCGUGCCAUCCGACCACCGCCGCGUGAAGCUUGCCUGUCCCUCCCGGCCUUCCUUUCUGUUCCGCGAGCAAGGGAUGCCCUCGAAGCGCGAGCUCACUCCCCCUCUCCGCACUCCAGCCGCUGCCAUUCGCCAACUUCUGCUUUUCCCACGAAAACCCCGCGCCAGACCCAGUCUGAGCGGCAGCGAACGCCCAGGACUCGAGGGCCGGGGGAACGGGUGGAGCAUCGCCGCAGGCAGAGCCCCCUCUCGGCCUCCUCGCCCCCUUUGCUCCCUUCUCCUACAUUUUCGGACGGGACUGCGGAUGUGCCGGGGGGUUCUCUCUUGGGAACCGGCCGGCCCGAGACGGAGCCCAGAGGUACCGGGGGGCUGCACCCCCGGGGAGGCCGGGGAGCCGAGGCACCGACGGCGAUUUGGAACAGAGUCCUGGUGUCACCCACCAUGCCGCUGGCAGCCCAGCUCGGCUCACUAGGGAUAUAUAUUAUAUUAUUAUUAUUUUUUUUUUUUUUUUUGGUGAGACAGUAUUGUGCUGUUUUGUUUUUUGUUUUGUUUUUCCUUUGGUGGAAAAAAGUGAGGCUUUUUUUUUUAUAUGCCUAUCUCGACGAUCGAUAUCCUUAUUUAUUUGUUGUAAAUGUUGCUGCUGUGUUUUGUCUCUCAUGUGUGUGUGUGUCCACCCACCCAGGUGAGGAUUUGUAAGGUUUACAUGCUCGUACACUAUUGCGGGGACCCAGGAGCCUGCAAUAACAAUGAAGCCAAAAAUCUGCCUUCCCCCUCCCCUCCCACCCCCUGUAUCCCAAGCUCCGUGGGCUGGCUGCUGUUUGGAGGGGAUGCUAUAGCUUCUUCUCCUCUUCCUGUUCCCAAGUUCCCUGCAUUUUUCUGUUCAUCUUUCCCUUUGGGAGCUCAAAGAAGGCUCACUCAGCACAGACUCUGAGCAGACCAAGUUCCAUCCCUCAGCUGGGAAGGGUGAGGAAACUGCUGGCCACCAGAACGUCCCCAUUUCCUUCCUUUUAUUCAUUUUCUCACUGCAUGAAAAAGUAUUAAUGGAGCCCAGAGUUGGGUUUUGCUUCCAAGCAGAUUCCUUUGCUAUGUUCUGCUUUGCCAACAGUGGGAAGUGUUUGGUGGUGGCUGUGAAUCAUCCUGUGUGCUGGAGGGGCAGAGGGGGAGCCUUGCUCUGUCCUGCUCCCCAUCCCAGCUGGGAUGAGGUGACAGGGGAGAGCCAGGCUGGGCUGUGCACAGCUCAGGGUGUCUCCUACCCCGUCACUCCCACAGGACACGGGAGGUUUUGCUGUGAACCCAGGGCGUGGCCCCUUGGGGAGCCGCUUGCGCCCACCUUGGCUGGGAAUACACACCUGGGGACACUGGGCUGCAGCUCCCCCAUCAUGAGCGAGGCCUGCAUGGCCUCUCCAAACUCCAUCAACACCCAGCACCCUCUGGGAUGUGUCCCCAGCUCAGCCCCAGCUGCACCCACACCGUGGGACACAGUUGGCAUCUCUGCUGGAGAGUGAGCGUUGCAUGGGUGAUGCCUCAGCUGCCUUGGCCCCUGCUCUGGGAAAGGAGAGCCGUGCAUUUCCUCAGGAGCAGAGUGCAAGAAGCCUUUGGGGCCCCUAAAGCCAUCCUGGGGCCUCACCCUUCCAUCUCUGGUCCAGUUGAUGGCAGCAGCAUCUUUCCACCCGGCUGUCUCCCAGCUCCCGUGGCUAAGCCCAGACAGAGGAGUGUCCCCACGGCGGUGGGAGGUGACAUCUGGAUGUGGAGGACAGUCUGACAGGUGUCUCACGAUGCAGGAGACAAGGUGGUGCUCAGUGCUCCCUGAAUCCUCCCAGCAUGGCAGCGACAUACCCCAGCCGAGGGAUGCUGGCUUUUCACCGUGCAGCCCCACUCCCCAGUUUUGGGAUUUUGUUCUUGUGGUACUUCUUGAUGCCCAUGAAAAACCACCUUUCCCCAUCCCUAAGGAGACUGAUCUCACGUCCACGUGCAAUAUUUCUGCCUCUUCUGCAUUUUCUGCCCCUGAGGAUCCGCAUGUUUCACUGUGGGGGUGCUUCUGGAGGGUGUCCCUCACCCACUCCCAUGGAAAUCUCCUUUUCUUCGUUGCUCUGUGGCCAAAAUGCAACUCUCUGGGGUAGGUUUUUGCAGUGCCUGCAACUUACUGAAUGCUCAUCUGCCAGACUGGUCCCCUCCUGGUGCCAAUCGAUGUUCCCAAUGAAUGUGACACUGCUGUAAUCACCUCUGCUGAUGAAUGAUGGGCCCUGCCACGUUUGACACAGUUCCCAGGAAAAGGCAAACCUCAUUUGCUCUGACACUUUUCCCCUGGAAAGGUUUUAAUUUUUGGAGGACUUGUCAUGGGUUGAGCUCCAUCAGUGCUCACAGUUGUCUCCCAAGGGAGUCAGCCCUGCCAGGGCUCUUGGCACUCUGAGUGUCCCUGAGCAAAGCGUUUUGACCCCAGUGUUCCCCCUGGCUGCAGGUUUGGGAUCCUGCCUUGGAUGCUUGCAGUCUCCCUUUUGGGGAGCACCGAGGGCCCCUCAUUCCUCCUGAGCACCACCAGGAUCUGCAGCGUCUUGGUAUCACUGAAAAUAAGGCUUGGAGCAUCUUGUGCUUGGGAAUGUUGGCCUUAACCUCCUCGUGCCUCAGUUUCCCCAUCAGUGGAGGGGCUGGGGUGAGCCAUCCCCCUCUGGAAAGCAGUUUGGUGUCUGUGCCCUGGCAAGCAUGAGUGCUGGAUACGGCUCAGGACUGCGGGCACAGGGCAGGACCCACGUGUGGGAAGCGCUGGGGUGGAAUUCACGUCAGCCAGUCUUUAAUUCCAGCCUCUCCUCACACCUGCUCGCGAUGGAACAGCCAGCAAGGCCUGGUUUGUCUCUGUUCAUACUCGGGUUCCUGGUGCCUGUCCAAAACAGAGCCCUGGCCGUGGGAAGGGGGCCCAAAGCACAGCCAGGCAGAGGUGAGGGUCCAGCCCCGGUGACUGUGGCAUGUGCCCCCCUCUCAUUUGUCCCUGUCAGUGUUGCCCCAUUAAAUGCCAUGUCUGUACUUUCCUUUCUUUUCACUUUUCUGUCUGUGUGCUGACUGUUGCUGCUUUGUAUCCGUCUUUCCUUGAGCUCUGGGGCUGGGCUGGGCUGAGCUGUUUCUCCCAGGAGCAAGAAGGUGGGAGAGGGCUCUGGGGGCAGAUUCCCCCUCUGCCCUCUCCUCACAGCACAAACCAGGACCAGAGAGAGAGGGAGAAGUGAAGGGUUUUUCCUCUGGAGCAGGCUUUUAAUUAAUUAAUGAAAUUUAUAAUGACACCAGGCUGGUCCCAGGAGCACUGUCAUGGAAGGGGAUGUUUAUUUAUGGGGGGACCCCAGAUCCUGUUUGUGCUGGGUACCAGCUGCAUCUCACCCUCCUUCACAGAAUGCCUGUUGGUUCUUCCUGUGCCAUCAGGACACCACAUUCCUGUUGGAUGGCGAGGCUGAGGUCCUGGGAAUUCUGCUCCUCAGUGGGCAGGGGUGCAGCUGCCUGGAGGGUGGAAUUGGCCUGGAGUUUUGGGAUCUGGGUUUGAACCCUGCUUGGAGCAGGGCCAGGCAUGGCACGGGGGCAGCUGAAAUCACUGGCAGAGCUGCUCCCUUCCCAUGUGUUUGGGGUUGGGGGGUCAUUUGGGGUGGGUGAGUGACCUGCAGCCAGCUCACUGUCCCCAAUCCAAGGAGGAGAUCUGGGGCAAUUACUGAGAGCAUCUGUCACCUCUCCUUCCCGAGGGGAGGGUCUGGCUGGAACAGAAGCAAGGGCUGAGGACAGAGGAGGGAGCUGAAGGCUCUAGUGUCAGUGCACAGUUUGGGGUGCAGCAGUUUUGGGGUCUCAGUUAUGCGUGUCAGCCCUGUCCAUGCAGCAAAGUCAUCCUUCCCUUCUCUCUCUGCUCCAGUGGCCGCCAGCCCCGGGCUGGGUGCCCUGUGCUCCAGGUGUGACCCUGCUCAGGGGGGUGGCCCAGCCCCGGGCUGAGAAGCAGCAGCUCCAGCAAGAGCCUUGUUUGUGAAGAUGAAGCCUGUGUGUGCGUCCGUGCCGGUGUCUCGGCUUGCAUGCCCCGCUGCCUUGUCUUGAGAUGAAUUCAAGAGCAAACCAAGCAAAUGAAACAAUUUAAUAACAGAACGAAACAAAACCCAGGAACUUUGUGACAGUGGAAAUAAAAGCUUAAUGACAGUAAUGAA